UUUCUAUUGUGAAUUAUACUUUUUAAGAUGUGAAUUAAAUAUUCAUUUUCAUCGUUAACGUUACCGCACUCACAUUACUAUUUCACUAAAAAUGUUAAAAAAUCCUGUAUAUCAUAUAACAAAGCGUUUUUUAGCUUCUAAAACUACUGCCCACCAGGAAGCUCUAAUGGCUAGAGGUUUGCCGAAAAGAGCACCCUUGCCUGGAGUUGCUAAUAUUGUUGUAGUAGCUUCAGGCAAGGGAGGUGUGGGUAAAUCUACUGUGGCCGUUAAUUUGGCAGCAACAUUAGCUAAUAUGGGCAAAAGGGUAGGAUUAUUAGAUGCGGAUAUUUUUGGUCCCUCCAUACCGCUUAUGAUGAACGUUCAUGAGGAGCCUUUGGUGGAUGAACGCAAUAUUAUGAUACCACCUAUUAACUAUGGUGUAAAGUGUCUAUCAAUGGGUCUUAUCACACAACAAGGUGGUGCCAUAAUAUGGAGAGGACCUUUAGUAAUGUCUGCUUUACAGAGACUCUUAAAAGGAGCCAUUUGGGCGCCUUUGGAUAUUUUAAUAGUGGAUACUCCUCCCGGAACAGGUGAUGUACAUUUGUCCUUAACACAAAAUGUACCCAUUGAUGGUGUUUUGCUUGUUAGCACGCCACAAACAGCAGCUUUAGAAGUUACUCUAAGAGGUGCCCAAAUGUAUAAAACCUUACAAGUGCCCAUAUUUGGUUUGGCAGAAAAUAUGGGUCAUGCUAUUUGCGGCAAUUGCCAACACAAAAUGGAAAUAUUUAAAAACACUACAGAGAAAUAUGUAAAAGAAAUGCAAACAGAAAUAUUAGCCUCUAUACCUCUAGACGGCAAUAUAACCGACUGUUGUGAUGAGGGUUUACCCAUGGUGUUGAAAUUUAAAGAUUCUCAAUACGCCAAAAGUUUCCACAAUUUAGCUGAACAAAUUUUACAAAAAUUACAAACCAAAGAUUUAACAGAAAAGUUGUGAUAAAUAAAGUUUAAAUUAUUUUUUAUUUUUCUUUA